CAAGUCCUUCCCCGCUUGCACUUGCUCUCCUCCUUCCCUUCGUACAGAUUUGACUUCGUAAUAUUCUCCUCGUUUGAGUCAUUUUCCAUAUCAUAUUUUAUGUAUAUAUAGCCCUCUCUUCUCCUCCCAAGCACUCUUUAUCUCAAUCCUCACCCGCCACAACCAAAACCAGAACUCAAACACACCCACCGAACCCUCAUAGAUCAUCACCAAGAGAUCAAAUUCAGCUCAAUUUUGUUCACUUUGAAAGAAUAGUAGCUGGUGAUCGAGUCCUUGUGCGUAAUUCUGCUCGCCUUAUCUUUUUUUAUCUUGUGUCCUCUCUUUGUUCAACAUAAUCAUAUUUUUUUGCUUCAAAAACACAAUUUCAGCUACAUCUCAAGCCCAAAUAGUACAAAUUAAGCAUUUGGGUAUUUUAUAUUUUGAUGAAAUACCCUAAAAGCUUGUGUAGUUGAACUGCAAAAGCCAGACCAUGUCUAAUAUCCCCACCUUUCUCUCUGAAAUCUGCUUAACCCUCUCUCGUCUCGCCAUGUCCGAUGCCGACCCAUGGCCAUUUUCUUGAAGCAAAUCACUCUCUUGCGACAACCCAAUUCACUUCUCAACACGAAUUUCAAAACAUAAAACACAGAUUUUCCUCCUUUUUCCCCAGAAACAAUGGCAAAAUUCAGGAGAUUCAAGCUCGGAAAGCGCCUUUGCCGGGUCACCCGGUGGUUCUUCGUCCGUACGACCCGACCCGAAUAUACCCGGCUCAACCCGGGUUCUUCCUCCUCAGCUUGCAGCUACAAACCCAUGUCAAAGCUGCUCACGUGGGGCUGGAAGCUGUCCGCUGGAGCCAAAUCUCUGUGCUGCAGCAAAUCCGGGUCGGGUUACAAGCAGUUGGGUCAAAGCCCGGUUGAGAAAAACAAGCCUGUUACGGUUCCGAAGGGACAUCUGGCUGUAUACGUGGGCCAAAAGGACGGUGACUUUCAGAGAGUUUUGGUGCCCGUCAUUUACUUUAACCAUCCCCUGUUCGGGCAGCUUCUGAGAGAGGCUGAGGAGGAGUACGGUUAUCAGCACGACGGCGGAAUCACCAUACCCUGCCCGAUGUCGGACUUUGAGAGCGUCAAGACCCGGAUCGCCGCCGGGUCGGGUCAACGGAGGCUGACGUGGAAGCGCAGCGCCACGCUUUAGGCUGAUUAGUGAAUAGCGAUGAUAUGACGAUAAUAUUCCACGAAUGGAUAAUGAUGUUUGUUAAAUUUUUGUCGAGUUUUACUUUUUAGGGGUGUUUUACUUCUUUUUUUUCUUUCACUUUUUAUUACUUUUUGAAGCUUUCUUUUUGUACUUUUUCUUAGAUGUAUAUAUUUACGAAAAGGGUAUAAUACAUGUAUGAUUUUUUUAAAGAAUAAUGGUAUGGACACUACAUUUUAAAAUCAAA